GUCUCCUCUUGCUUCUCUUGGUGUUCUUCGAGCGGCUUCUCCCUUUUUUCCUUAAUGCCGUUUUGGUCUGAAACUUGCAGGGCCAACGUCCGUUUUUAAAGAAAAUCGCCAAAAACAGAGCAUCUGGAUUGCCUUCUAAAAAGUGUUGCAGGCUUGGCUAGGCUGGGAGGCACUUGUCUGAAAAAACGCGCAAUUUUAAACGGAAAUCAUAUUUUCACGCAAAUAACCACCCAAAAUAUGAUCAAACGGUCGUGGUCUCUUCUUAUUUCUUGUUCCUCUCUCCGUCUCACUGGCAGUGGACUGCUUCUGACUGCGCGGCAGUCAUACUCGCUGUUUUCUGCCGCUUCUCAGCCUACAAAUAUGAGUGAAACAUCAGAAUUAGCUGACAUAGACUGGGACAACCUUGGAUUUGCAUUUCUUCCUACUGAUUAUAUGUAUAUCUUCAAAUGUACUCGAGGCCGGGAAUUCUCCAAAGGUGAAUUAAAGCGUUUUGGAAACAUCGAAAUCAGCCCGUCAGCUGGAGUCCUGAAUUAUGGACAGGGGUUGUUUGAAGGCUUGAAAGCCUACAGGAAACAGGAUGGUAAUAUUCUACUGUUUCGUCCUGAGGAAAAUGCACUGCGAAUGAGGCUGGGUGCAGAGCGGAUGUGCAUGCCAUCACCAACAGUUGAACAGUUUGUGGAAGCUGUGAAGGCUACUGUUUUAGCAAACAAACGUUGGGUUCCACCUCCAGGUAAAGGUGCCCUGUACAUCAGGCCAUUGAUAAUGGGGAGUGGAGCAGUUCUUGGUCUUGCACCUGCUCCAGAGUUCACCUUUCUGGUUUAUGUGUCACCUGUUGGAAACUAUUUUAAGGAAGGUGUGGCACCAAUACAUCUGGUUGUUGAACAUGAACUGCAUCGUGCAACUCCUGGUGGUACUGGAAGUGUAAAGACCAUAGGAAACUAUGCUGCAGUUCUGAAGGCGCUAUCUGCUGCAAAAGCGAAAGGCUACUCUGAUGUGCUAUACCUUGAUUGUGUCCACAAAAGAUAUCUAGAGGAGGUUUCCGCUUGCAACAUUUUUGUUGUGAAGGAUAAUGUUAUCUCCACACCUGCGAUAAAAGGGACAAUUCUACCUGGCAUUACUCGAAAGAGUAUAAUUGAUAUUGCUCGUAGCCAAGGGUUUCAGGUUGAGGAACGUCAUGUGGCAGUAGAUGAAUUGCUUGAUGCUGAUGAAGUUUUUUGUACGGGAACAGCUGUGGUUGUAUCACCUGUGGGCAGCAUCACUUUUAUGGGUAACAGGGUAUCUUAUAGAGAUGGUGGUGCUGGUGUUGUGUCACAACAUCUCUACUCUGUGCUUACCAGACUACAGAUGGGACUUACAGAAGACAAUAUGAAUUGGACUGUUGAGCUGAGGUAGGUAUUUUCAAAUGAACAUUUCUAGUUUGUGACGUCUGUAUAGGCAAGAAAUUGUCAAGUUUGCUCCAGUACCCAGUGAUCUUUAGGAGCUUUGGUUUGGUCUAGUUCAGAAGUAAUAGUGUCAUCGUAUGUUAGAUUUCACAGAUUUACUGGUGCAUAUAUUGUGAAAUCAAUUAAAAUUUUAAAUAAUGUGGCACCAUCAUAUAUACUAUUAAAUGCAUCAAAAAUCUUGACCGAUUUCACUUGAAAGAAGACCCUAUUCCCAACUUGUAAUCCAUGUCUUGGUAUACUAUUUCUGGCAAAUGUUAAGCCUAGUAUAUUAGCAAAUAUGUUUCACAACUAGUGUUUGAACAUGCGAAUUUUGCCGUUAGU